GCGAUGAUUACUGAUAUCCAAGGAACUGCUAUUGAUGCUAAAGCAAUUGCAGGCAAUGUCCAAGCUAAUGCUAAUGGUAUAUAUGGCCAAUCCUCACAAAUACUCGUCAUUGCCAGCCUUGCAAUUGCUAUAGUCGCACCGAGCACAAUGUAG